ACAAUUGUACAGAACAUUUUGAUAAAGCUUACUAGUUUUCUCCUUAUUCCUAGCUUUAAACACUCAUACAAAUGUGUAUUUACUGAAAGUUAAAACGCAGAUUAGAUGUGGUGCAUGUGAAUUAAAGGUCUGUCCGGUGGUGCUGAGUGACAGCAGGGGGAGAGAGAGAGAGAUCCUCCCCCGGAGCAGGAAGCCGCCGCUGGGACUGAGACUCACCGAGAGAGGAGCUACAAAACAACCGGAGAUUCUUCCAGCAGAAUGUAGACCCAACACACAUCCAGCCCCACAACAAGACUACAUGUCCCGCAGGGUGCAGCAGCAGCAGCCGGUGUAACAGACAGUGUUUCUCCCAUGAUGAAGCAGCUGCAGGGCUGCGGGAUGCGGUCCUCGGUGGGCUUUCUGUCCCGCAGAGAGCUCACCGGACAGCCGCUGCUGAAGGACGAGUUCCAGAGGCGCAGGAUGGCUGGUUGCACCAGCCUCUUCAAGAAGGACAUGCUCGGUCACUUCGGAUGCGUCAACGCCAUUGAGUUCUCAAACAACGGAGGGGAAUGGCUGGUUUCUGGAGGAGACGACCGGCGGGUCCUGCUGUGGAACAUGGAGGAAGCGCUCCACGCUCGCUCCAAACCGGUGAAGCUGAAGGGCGAACAUCUGUCCAACAUCUUCUGCCUCGCCUUCGACAGCACCAACAGGAAGGUCUUCUCUGGAGGAAAUGAUGAACAGGUGAUUCUUCACGAUGUGGAGAGGAUGGAAACGGUGAACGUGUUCCUGCACAUCGACGCCGUGUACAGUCUGUCCGUCAGCCCGGUGAACGACAACGUGUUCGCCAGCUCCUCUGACGACGGACGCGUAUUGAUCUGGGACACCCGCGAGCCGCCCAGUGCAGAGCCGUUCUGCUUGGCCAGCUACCCGUCUGCGUUCCACAGCGUGAUGUUCAACCCGGUGGAGCCACGGCUCAUCGCCACCGCCAACUCUAAGGAGGGCGUGGGAUUAUGGGACAUCCGGAAACCUCGCAGUUCGUUGCUGCGUUACGGUGGCAGCAUGUCUCUGCAGAGCGCGAUGAGCGUCCGCUUCAACAGCUCCGGGACUCAGCUGCUGGCUCUGAGGCGCCGCCUGCCGCCCGUCCUCUACGAGCUGCACUCCCGCCUGCCCAGCUUCCAGUUCGACAACCAGGGCUACUUCAACUCCUGCACCAUGAAGAGCUGCUGCUUCGCCGGGGACCGGGACCAGUACAUCUUGUCUGGCUCCGACGACUUCAACCUCUACAUGUGGAAAAUCCCAAAGGACCCAGAAGCCUGGGGCGCAGGCCGGGUGGUAAACGGGGCGUUCAUGGUCCUGAAGGGCCACCGGUCCAUCGUGAACCAGGUGCGCUUCAACCCUCACACCUACAUGAUCUGCUCCUCCGGCGUGGAGAAAGUCAUCAAGGCGUGGAGUCCGUACCAGCAGCCGGAGAGCCUGGGGGAUCUGGAGGGCCGGGUGGAGGAUAAGUCCCGCAGCCUGUACACUCACGAGGAGUACAUCUCGCUGGUGCUGAACUCGGGCUCCGGCCUCUCCCACGACUACGUCAGCCAGUCCAUCCAGGAGGACCCGCGCAUGAUGGCCUUCUUCGACUCGCUGGUGCGCCGCGAGAUCGAGGGCUGGAGCUCCGACUCCGACUCAGACCUGAGCGAGGAGGCCAUCAUGCAGCUGCACGCCCGCGGCCGCCGGACCACCAGAACCACCCCGACACUUCCUCCUCCAGCUGCUGCCGCUGCUCCUCACAGCGACUCUGAGAACUCCUCGUCUUCCUCGCCUGUGACGGAGGAGCGUCCGAGGAGACGGAGGAACCAGCGCCACGCCUCGGGCUUCCUGGUGAACGAGGACUCGGACUCCAGUGAGUUCUGGCUGGACCCGAUGCCGCGGCCGCGCUCACCAAGCCCCCGAGACAACGCCACGCUCUCCAGUGCCGCCUCCUCCUCCUCGCCGUCGCUCCCCGCCGCCGUCGCCUCCUCCUCCUCUUCCUCCUCCAGCUCCAGCAGUGAGGAUGAGGAGCGGCGCAGCGCGGUUAGGAGGCGCAACGUGAUGCGACGCCUGAACGUGGUUUCCAGAGCGGAGGAUCGACCCGACCCGACGCCGCUGUUCUCCGCCUUCGACUCCUGCAGCUACCCGUCCAUAACUGUGGACGACCUGACCUCCUCUUCAUCCGGGGAGGUGCAGAAGCCCAGAGAGGAAGAGGAAGAGGAGCUGAGCCCGUCUGACUUUGUGUGUCUAAGCCCGGAGGAGGACGGACACCGGAAUGGAGAUAAGGUGGGAUCUGACAGCGGAGAGGCGGGCAGCAGCUCGAGCCCCGGAGCUAACGGGAAACACCGGACUGCAGCUCCUCCCCCCACCAGAGAGGAGGUCCUGAGAGAGAGCCUCCUCACCUCCUCGGACUCAGAGGAAGACUCCCGGCCUCCGAGGGAGAGCGCUCUGAAACGGACUCGAGUCGCGUCGGAAGAGAGCGGCUCUCCUUCAGAGAAGAAAUGUAAAACAUAACGGCUCGGAGAGAAAGGGGGUUUUUAUAACUCUGAUUUUCCUUUUUAUACGUCUGAAACUCACUGAUUUUCACUUGAAGACGUUAAGAAACUACAAACAUUCGUUGCUGAAUGUCAUUAUUCCUUUGGAAGAAUACAUUUGAAAACACUCGGAGGUCGUUAUAAAUGUUCACUUAGAAAGAAGUGUUUUUAUGGGUUUCUAUAACUCAGAUUUUCUUUUAAACGUCUCAAACUCAAUCAUUUUGAUGUCAGAGAACCUCAAGGAGUGGUUAAUUGAGUUACUAAGCAGACUUUGGUUGAACCAGAGAUGAUUCGUGAAAGAAAGUGAGGUAUUGUUGAUGAGGAGGAGUUUUUAGUGACAGUGUUUAUUUUCAGUGUUCAGAGCUCCUCUGUUUCUACGGAGCCGGAAAGUGUUGCAGCGUUUUAAUUUCUCCACGCUGAGUGUAAAUCUGAUUUUAAUUUGAAGUGACUUCCGGCUGCCGGAGCGUGGAUGAUGCCGCCGGCGCUCGCUUUUGUUUUCAUGCAAUUAAAGAAUCACUUUGUUCUCCAGUGAUAAAAAUC